AAUGUUUGUGUAUGAAGUCCGUUGACCAAAUGGAGACCCUGCUGAUAAGGAACCGAGACCGUAUUUUCUAUUUACAAAUGAUAAAAUCUAUCCACAACACACUCGAACUGAAUCGUUGACCACAAAAUAAACAACGAGUAAACCAUCACACCAUCGGUUGAUUCGUAUCAUUUGCGAAUGAAACCUUACAACUACAUCCAGGUCUAAACAUGGAUGGUUUCGCUGAGUACGUAAAUGUGACUUUCAUUCAGAGUGGCUCAGUUUAGCGGUGAGAACGCACCUUUCCAUAUCACAGCAGGGCCAAGUGAAAAUUUUUGAUGUGAUCCCGAGCUAGUUCUAAUCGACGAGUUAAGUUUGAAAGAUCAAAGAUGGCCAGCAUCGAUACCGUCAUACUGCCUUUCGAGGAAAAACCGCUGCAUACCCCACCGCUGGAAGAGAUUCGCGACGUACUCGCCGCCGGUUUAGUGUCCAACUUCGCUACCGUUGAUGUUGAGGUGGUCGACUGUCCUAACCUCACACAAGCGCCAUUCCAUCUAGCUGGAGAAGGUCUCAACGGAAACCCCGCUCUCUUGGAAGUGGGCGGGCCACCCUACCUACUUCCUCACGUUGACUACACAAAGCUUUACGAUGUGGUUUCAAUUUCACAGCGAGCGCUGAAUGAUACCAAAAAGGAAAUCCUAGCUAUUGGUGCGGGUGCUGGUCCGUACCCCCAUGUUAACUCCAACUGUGAAGGAAUGUUCAAUCUGAAAAUCUCUGCCAGUGGACACGUUACCAGCGAGAGUCACCUCGCCCAAAUCACGCCGGACCGCAAACAAGUUUUGCUGAAGAAAAUACCGAACACGGAAACGCGCUGCGCAUUGCUUGGUAAUAUUUUCCUGUCCGAGGGUAAACCAGGUCAGGUUCUGAAGGUCAGCUGUAAGAAACGCAUUGGAGGUGAGGACUUCAUCGCAAGCAUUCGGAACGCUCUUGCGAAACACUACGAGGACAAACCCGUUGGGCUGGGAGGUGUAUUCCUGUUGAAGAAUGGCAAGGCAAAGCAGCACGUGAUGUCUCCGUUUUCGGAAACUCCUAUCCACACCGAAGAAGAGCUGAACACGUGGCUCAACUUUUUCGAUAUGUCGGCCACUCUGAUUGCCGUCGGUACAUUGGUCACCAACGAAUGCGAUCUGGACCUGAGGCUACAGCAUUUCCACAGUUUCUCAAAACACGGCGAAGGUGGUCACUACCACAUCGAUACCACACCGGAUAUUGUUGAAUAUGAAGGGUACUUCAACGUUGGCGAAAAGAUAGUUCGCGUUGACAAACCUGUCAACACUCACAAAUUUGGCCGAGAUUAGAGUAAUGCAGUCUAUUUUAAUUGUUACUUUCUAAUAAAGAUCGAUUAAAGACCCAAAAAUUCACAGGUCAUCCGUAAUGAAA